CCCUCUCUGCUGAAAGCCAUCUUCAGUGUGGACGCUGAUGAAGUCCGCUCCCUCAUAUUCAAGAAGGAGGAUGUCAACGUACAGGUAACAUUACUGAUCACACACAGACCGACACAGACAGGAGUCAGUCAGUCCAUAAGUAUCUCUUGCUCUGAAUUGCUUGCAAAUCCGUCCACUCCUCAUCUCCUCACCCUUCAUCUGCAAUGAUUAUCAAAGACUUGACAGGUGGAAGCUCAUCAUUAGGCUGGCUUUCCUGGUCAGUUCUCAUCAUUACGCUGGCUUGCCUGGUCAAUUCUUUCAGAUCAGUGCAAUGAAGGACAGGAGGAGAGGACAGACUUUUUAGACAAUUGUGGAAUAGCCAGUGUGUCUGUACUCUCGGUCUCUUACUAAAUCAAUGUUGAGAGGCCAGAUUCUUUCAGCCAAUCAAUCAGGUGAGGGCAGGUUAGUUCCUUUCUUCUUUCCCACUCCCUUUCUGUUCAGCCCUCUCUCUUUCGCUCUCAAUCCCCCGUCCUCCCUCCCUCUCACCCCUGCCCUCUUUCUCUCCCUCUCACCCUCCCUCCACUCUCUCUACUUCUCUCUAUAUUGCUGGGGUCAUCAGAGACAUUUUGGUCUGAUGUUUGAGUCAGCAGUUUUCAAUCUGACCUAUUACAGGCCUCCCUCUCCGUCAUGUGACUUUGUUUACGACCUACGGUACUCCCCUGAUUGCCCUCUGCUGCAUGGAGAGAACAAGGGAUGGAGGGAAGCAGAGAACGAGAGAGGGAGGGAGGUAGACUGGGAGAGUUGGAGAGAGGGGAAUGGGCAAGUGAUAAAGAGAGGGGGGGGAGGGCAUGGAAGGGAGGGAGAGAGAGAGCUGGAAUUGAUUGUUCCAUCCAUCCAGAUUGACUAGCAUGGUUGGUUAGUUCUACAGAGGACCUGCGUUAUAUGGUCAGACAGAUGGUAAAACAUCCUCACCACAGAGGAGAAGAGGGAGAGCGACAGAGAGGUACUCUUGUAGUCACCCAUCGGUCACUCUCACACCAGUGAGACACUGGACACACACACACACACACACAUACACAGGACCACUGGUCGAUAGGCUACCCCCCAGGGAGAGCAGAGGGAAUGUGAGAGCAGAGGGAGGAGAGAAAUCCCUCCAUCAUCCUGUCAUCCUGCCUUUAUUACCUUGUUCCCUGGCUCCCUGGGAGCCUGACCGAUGACUGGCCACAACUACACAGACUGACCAAUGAUUGGCCACAGCUAGCGAGACUACAACAAUCUAACACACUGUUGUCAAUCUUCCCUUUCCGAGUUAAUUGCAGGUGAAAAAUUAAGAUGCUCUCUUAAACAGUUGAUUCUGAACACUUGGGGCGGUUUCCCGUAUACCAAUUAAACCUUGUCCUGGAUAAUAAAGAAAUGUCAAUGGAGACUCUCCAUUGAGGCAGAUUUUUUUGUCCAGGACUAGGCUUAAUCUGUGUCCGGGAAAGCAGCCCAAAGAUGUUGGGUAAGAGGAGUGGAGGAGUGAUGCUGUUAUUAGUCUGGCUUCUAGUGGGAUCCCUGCCAAGUACAGUAGUAGUUGACCUACUCCCAGCUGCCCUGCAGUGUCUCCCAGACUCCUGGAGAUGGAUGGAGGGAGGGAGAGAGGGAGAGAGGGGAAGCUAACCCGUCACUUGGCUGGCUGCACUGUUGUGUGGGACAUAGUUGUGCUCCCUCUUGUCUACUGGCAGCAUAGUGAGAAGCAGUGUGUGUGUUCAACUUUAUUAUGAACAUCGAAGCUAGUGUCAAAUUACAUAUUUUACAUACUGUACCUCCCUCCUAAAAUGAACAUGAAAGUAGUGUGUGUAAUAUGUAUAACAUGUAUUUCUGCUCUGGUCUCUACUAGGACAGUGAGAAAAGGACCCCACUCCACGCUGCAGCCUACCUAGGAGACGCUGACAUCAUCGAACUCCUCAUCCUCUCAGGUACACAUCUCACCUGUCUGCCUGUUAUACCUGUCUGCCUGUUAUACCUGAAAAGCCUACUAAAUUGGAAGACUUAGUAUGAGUAUUUGGUCACAGCAGCCAAUGUUGACAUCACCCAUUCAUGGAGAGGAAAUGAUAGGGAGAGAGAUGUGGAGGUUGUUUCCCUGUGUGUGUUGUGAUGGUCUAUUUUAACCCCUGACACACAUGGGCCUCUCAAAGGAUCAUGGGAGUUUCCCCCAGUAGCUCGUGGGUCCUGCCCAUUCUCUGUCAGUGGAAAGUUAACCCUUAACCUUUUCUCUCUCUCUUUUUUAGGAGCCAGAGUAAAUGCUAAAGACAAUAAGUGGUUAACUCCUCUUCACCGAGCUGUUGCUUCCUGCAGCGAGGUAACACACACUCACUUACUCACACACACACACGUUCAUCAAUGCUCUCUUUCUCUAUAUGAUGCUGUAUCAGUCUUGUUGAAACAGUGAUUGUGAACGCUCUUUCUUUGUGUGUGUGUGUAGGAUGCAGUGUGUAUGUUGAUAAAACACAGUGCUGAUGUGAACGCACGGGAUAAGAACUGGCAGACUCCUCUCCAUGUUGCCGCCAACAACAAGGCUAUCCGCGUUGCCGAGGCCCUCGUCCCAUUGCUUAGCAACGUCAAUGUGUCGGACCGGGGUGGACGCACAGCCCUGCACCAUGCUGCCUUCAGCGGACACCUGGAGGUAACACACACACAUUCACAGACGUAUUAGUUGGCGUGUCAUGAGGCUAGUAUGACUUCACUUGUUGUGCGCGUGUGUGUGUCAGAUGGUGAAGCUGCUUCUCUCCAGAGGAGCCAACAUCGACGCCUUUGAUAAGAAGGACAGGAGAGCCAUCCACUGGGCUGCCUACAUGGGUAAGACGCAAACACACACACUCAGAGCUAUAUAAAAAGGGUUGUUUGUUUGAAUACAUUUUUAUUUGAUGUUUAGAUUUUUUCUACAAACAAAAUGGUAUGAAUGGUAUGCUAACAAAAUGUUCCCUUCCCCGCUCUGUUUCUCUUUCGCCACCUCCGUCCCUACUUUCCUCACCUCCCUUCCCCCCUCCCUCCCUCCAGGUCAUAUGGAGGUGGUGAGGUUGUUGGUGUCUAGCGGAGCAGAGAUAGACUGUAAAGAUAAGAACUCUUAUACUCCUCUACAUGCCGCUGCCUCUAGUGGGAUGACUACCACUGUCCAAUACCUGCUGGGGCUGGGUGUACAGGUACACACACACAAACAUCAUUCAAUUUCAUCCUCGCCUUAUAAUAGCAAAGAAAGAAGUCUGUUGAGAUACACAAACUAACUGCUUCUCUCUCUCUCUCUCUCUCUCUUCCCUCUCUCUCUAUCUCCCCUCUCUCUCUAUCUCCCCCUCCCCUCCCCCCUCUCUCUCUCAAUCUUCUCUCUCUCAUCUUCCUCUCCCCUCUCUCUCCCCCUCUCUCUCCCCCUCUCCUCCCCCCUCUCUCCCCCCUCUCUCCCCUCUUUUCCCCCUCCCUCUCCCCUCUCUCUCCCCCUCUCCUCUCUCUUCUCUCCCCUCUCUCUCUCUCUCUCUCUCCCUCCUCGGUCUCCCCCCUCUCUCUCGCCCCUCUCUCUUCUCCCUCCCCAUCCUCCCCUCUCCUCCCCUCUUCUCCCCGCCCUCCCUUUUCCUCUCCCCUCCCCCUCUCUCUCUCUCUUCCCCCCCCCCCCUUCCCCCUCCCUCUCCCUCCCCCUCUCUCUCUCUUUCCCCGCCCUCUUCUCUCUCUUUCCCUCUCCCUCUCCCCCCCCUCUUUCUCCUCACCCCCCCCCCUCCCCCUUUCUCUCUCCCCCCCUUCUUUCUCUCUUCCCCCCCCGCCCCCGGGCUCCUCGCCUCUCUUUCUCUCCCCCGCCCCCCCCUCUCUCUCCCCCCCCCCCCCUCUCCCCCCCCCCUCUCUCUCUCCCCCCCUCUCCCCUUUUUUCCCCCCUCUCUUCCUCCCCCCCCUCUCUCUCCCCUCCCCCCCCCCCUCUUUUUCCUCCCCCCGCCCCCCCCUCCCCUCCCCCCCUCUCUUCCCCGCCCCCUCUUUUCCCCCCUCCCCUCUCUCCUCUUUUCCCCCCCUUUUUCCCCCCCCCCUCUCUUCCCUCCUCCCCCCCUUCCCUCCUUCCCCCUCUCUCCUCCCCGCGGCCCCCCUUCUCCCCCCGGGCCCUCCCCUUUCUUCCCUCUCUUCUCCCCGUCCCCUCCUCUCCCCCUCUCUCCCUUUCCCGGCCUCCCCCCCCCCUCCCGCCCUUUUCCCCCUCUUCUCCCCCCUCUCCCGCCUCCUCCCCCGGCCCUCCCUCUCUCUUCUCCCGGCCCCCCCCCCCCUCUGCCCCCCUCUUCCCUCUCCCCCCCUCCCCUUCCCCCCCUGCCCCUUUUCUCUUUUUCCCCCCCUCCCUCCUCUUCUCUCUCCCCCCCCUCUCUUUCUUCCCCCUCCCCCCCCCCCCCCCUCUUUUUCUCUCACCCCCCCCAUGCCUACCCCCCCCCUUCUGCUCUCUCCCCCCCCCUCCCUCUCUCUCCUCUUCCCCCCCCCCCGCCCCCUCCCUUCUGCCCUCUCCCCCCCCCUUCUCUUUUCCUCCCCGCCCGUCCUGCUCUCUCUCUCUCUUCCCCCCCGCCCGCUCUCUGCUCUCUCUCCCCGCCCGCUCCUUUCUUCCCCCCCGCUCUCUGUCUCCCCCCUCGCUCCCCUCCUCCUCAGAAAAAACCGGGGGAAUUUUAUGGAAUCUGCUCCCAUAGGCUUUUUAAAAAUGGCCGGAUAGGUGGUAAAACAACUCAUAAGGCUGGACCUCCAUAAACCAUACACCCUUUUUGUGCGUGUGUUGGUGCACGUGUGUUGGUGUGUAUAUAGUAACAGUAUCUCUCUCUCUAACAGGUGAAUGAGAGGGGUCUGUCUGCGCUGCACUUCUCAGCCUGUUCCCGCCAGGGGGCGCUGUGUCUGGAACUACUGCUGGGGAACGGAGCUAACGUCAACAUCAGGGUACACACACACUGCUCCUAGGCCCACAGGGUAGUAGUGGGACAUAUGGUGGGGGGUGUGAGAGGAGAGCUGAAGUUGUUCAGGGCGGUAGGGUGGGUGGGUGGGUGGGGGGAGGGUGAGAGAAGAGCUGAAGUUGCUCAGGGCGGUAGGGUGGGGGGGGGGUGAGAGAAGAGCUGAAGUUGCUCAGGGUGGGGGGUGUGAGAGAAGAGCUGAACGCCUCUCGGUGCAAGCUGCUCAGGGCAGCUGAGACAGUUUCCAUAAAACCUUUAGAGUUCACACCCAGUCCUGAUCUGAAUAGGAAGGUUUAUAACACAGGGAACGUCACCCAGUCCUGAUCUGAAUAGGAAGGUUUAUAACACAGGGAACGUCACCCAGUCCUGAUCUGAAUAGGAACGUUUAUAACACAGGGAACAUCACAGCUAACAAUUAACUGCUUUGACAAACAGAGUCAAAUGCCUCUCUCUCGCUCCCCCGCCCCCCUCUCUCUCCCUCUCACUCUCUCAUUCCCCCCUCCAGAGUAAGGAUGGGAAGACCCCUCUCCACAUGGCAGCGGUCCAUGGAAGAUUCUCUCGUUCACAGGCUGUCAUUCAAAACGGUGAGGCCCACCCCAAACCACCACACACACACUGCUAUUGGUCUGUUAAUACUUCAAACACCCUACUAUUGGCUCUUUGUCUGUCUGUGUGUGUUGUGUGUGUGUUGUGUGUUGUGUGUGUAGGUGCGGAGGUGGACUGUGAGGAUAAGAAUGGGAACUCUCCUCUUCACAUCGCUGCUCGCUACGGACACCAGUUACUGAUCAACACUCUGCUCACACACGGAGCCUACACAGCCAAGUAAGACACACCACACACACACACACACACACAUAUAUAUAUAUAUAUAUAUAUAUAUAUAUAUAUAUAUAUAUAUAUAUAUAUAUAUAUAUAUAUAUAUAUAUAUAUACACUGCUACAACACAUCCUAGAUCUGAAUGAAUGAAAUAAUCUUAUUAAAUACUUUUGUCUUUACAUAGUUGAAUGUGCUGACAACAAAAUCACACAAAAAUUAUCAAUGGAAAUCAAAUGUAUCAACCCAUGGAGGUCUGGAUAUGGAGUCACCCUCAAAAUUAAAAUGGAAAAUCACACUACAGGCUGAUCCAACUUUGAUGUAAUGUCCUUAAAACAAGUCAAAAUGAGGCUCAGUAGUGUGUGUGGCCUCCACGUGCCUGUAUGACCUCCCUACAAUGCCUGGGCAUGCUCCUGAUGAGGUGGCGGAUGGUCUCCUGAGGGAUCUCCAAUCAGUGGCCAGUUUAUUAGGUACACCCUUAUAUUACCGGGUUGGACCCUCCUGUAACCAUGAAGGGAUGCACCUGAUCAGCAACAAUGUUCAGAUAUGCUGUGGUGUUCAAACAUUGCUCAGUUGGUAUCAAGGGACCUAACGUGCACCAGGAAAACAUUCCCCACACCAUUCUCCACCGCCACCAGCCUGUACCGUUGACAACCGGCAGGAUGGGGCCAUGGACUCAUGCUGCUUACGCCAAAUCCUGACUCUGCCAUCAGCAUGAUACAUCAGGAAACGGGAUUCAUCGGACCAGGCGAUGUUUUUCUACUCCUCAAUUGUAGGAAGGUUUAAACAGCAUGAUCAUUACACAGGUGCACCUUGUGCUAGGGACAAUAAAAGGCCACUCUAAAAUAUGCAGUUUGCCACAGAUGUCUCAAGUUUUGGAGGAGUGUGCAAUUGGCAUGCUGACUGCAGGAAUGUCCACCAGAGCUGUUGCCAGAGAAUUUAAUGUUCAUUUCUCUACCAUAAGCCGCCUCAACGUAAUUUUAGAGAAUUUGGCAGUACAUCCAACCGGCCCCACAACCGUCAGCCCAGGAACUCCACAUCCGGCUUCUUCACCUACGAGAUCGUCUGAGACCAGCCACCCGGACAGCUGAUGAAACUGAGGAGUAUUUCUGUCUGUAAUAAAGCCCUUUUGUGGGGAAAACCUCAGUCUGAUUGGCUGGGCCUGGCUCCCAAGUGGGUGGGCCUAUGCCCACCCAUGGCUGCACCCCUGCCCAGUCAUGUGAAAUCCAUAGAUUAGGGCCUAAUACAUUUAUUUAAAUUGACUGAUUUGCUUAAAUGAACUGUAAAAAAAAUAUGUACCAGUCAAAAGUUUGGACACCUACUCAUUCAAGGGUUUUUCUUUAUUUUUACUAUUUUCUACAUUGUAGAAUAAUAGUGAAGACAUCAAAACAAUGAAAUAUCACAUGGAAUCAUGUAGUAACCAAAAAAGUGUUAAACAAAUCAAAGUAUUUUUUAUAUUUUAGAUUCUUCAAAGUAGCCACCCUUUGCCUUGAUGACAGCUUUGCACACUUUUGGCAAAUAGCCCAUACACAGCCUGGAGGUGUGUUUUGGGUCAUUGUCCUGUUGAAAAACAAAUGAUAGUCCCACUAAGCGCAAACCAGAUGGGAUGGUGUAUCGCUGCAGAAUGCUGUGGUAGCCAUGCUGGUUAAGUGUGCCUUGAAUUCUAAAUAAAUCACAGACAGUGUCACCAGACAGUGUCACCAGCAAAGCACCAUCACACCUCCUCCUCCAUGCUUCACAGUGGGAACCACACAUGCGGAGAUCAUCCGUUCACCUAGUCUGCAUCUCACAAAGACACAGCGGUUGGAACCAAAAAUCUCAAAUUUGGACUCAUCAGACCAAAGGACAGAUUUCCACCGGUCUAAUGUCCAUUGCUUGUGGUUCUUGGCCCAAGCAAGUCUCUUCUUAUUAUUGGUGUCCUUUAGUAGUGGUUUCUUUGCAGCAAUUCACGCAGUCUCCUCUGAACAGUUGAUGUUGAGAUGUGUCUGUUACUUGAACUCUGUGAAGCAUUUAUUUGGGCUGCAAUCUGAGGUGCAGUUAACUCUAAUGAACUUAUGCAAAGCUAUCAUCAAGGCAAAGGGUGGCUACUUUGAAGAAUAUAAAAUAUAAAAUAGAUUUUUGGUUACUACAUAUGUGUUAUUUCAUAGUUUUGAUGUCUUCACUAUUAUUCUACAAUGUAGAAAAUAGUAAAAAUAAAGAAAAACCCUUGAAUGAGUAGGUGUGUCCAAACUUUUGACUGGUAAUGUAUAUCUCCAUAUAUAUCUCCCUCUAGAGAGAGCGAGAGAUACUGUAUGUGUGUGUGUAUAUAUAUAUAUAUAUAUAUAUAUAUAUAUAUACACAUACAUAUACACAUACAUACAUACAUACAUACAGUGAGGGAAAAAAGUAUUUGAUCCCCUGCUGAUUUUGUACGUUUGCCCACUGACAAAGAAAUGAUCCGUCUAUAAUUUUAAUGGUAGGUUUAUUUGAACAGUGAGAGACAGAAUAACAACAAAGAAAUCCAGAAAAACGCAUGUCAAAAAUGUUAUAAAUUGAUUUGCAUUUUAAUGAGGGAAAUAAGUAUUUGACCCCCUCUCAAUCAGAAAGAUUUCUGGCUCCCAGGUGUUUUUAUACAGGUAACGAGCUGAGAUUAGGAGCACACUCUUAAAGGGAGUGCUCCUAAUCUCAGUUUGUUACCUGUAUAAAAGACACCUGUCCACAGAAGCAAUCAAUCAAUCAGAUUCCAAACUCUCCACCAUGGCCAAGACCAAAGAGCUCUCCAAGGAUGUCAGGGACAAGAUUGUAGACCUACACAAGGCUGGAAUGGGCUACAAGACCAUCGCCAAGCAGCUUGGUGAGAAGGUGACAACAGUUGGUGCGAUUAUUCGCAAAUGGAAGAAACACAAAAGAACUGUCAAUCUCCCUCGGCCUGGGGCUCCAUGCAAGAUCUCACCUUGUGGAGUUGCAAUGAUCAUGAGAACGGUGAGGAAUCAGCCCAGAACUACACGGGAUGAUCUUGUCAAUGAUCUCAAGGCAGCUGGGACCAUAGUCACCAAGAAAACAAUUGGUAACACACUACGCCGUGAAGGACUGAAAUCCUGCAGCACCCGCAAGGUCCCCCUGCUCAAGAAAGCACAUACAGUCGUGGUCAAAAGUUUUGAAUGACACAAGUAUUGGUCUUCACAAAGAUGUUACUAUGGUAUACUGAAGUAUAAUUACAAGCAUUCCAUAAGUGUCAAAGGCUUUUAUUGACAAUUACACUAAGUUUAUGCAAAGAGUCAAUAUUUGCAGUGUUGACCCUUCUUUUUCAAGACCACUGCAAUCCGCCCUGGCAUGCUGUCAGUUAACUUCUGGGCCACAUCCUGACUGAUGGCAGCCCAUUCUUGCAUAAUCAAUGCUUGGAGUUUGUCAGAAUUUGUGGGGUUUUGUUUGUCCACCCGCCUCUUGAGGAUCGACCACAAGUUCUCAAUGGGAUUAAGGUCAGGGGAGUUUCCUGGCCAUGGACCCAACAUUUUAAUGUUUUGUUCCCCGAGCCACUUAGUUAUCACUUUUGCCUUAUGGCAAGGUGCUCCAUCAUGCUGGAAAAGGCAUUGGUUGUCACCAAACUGUUCUUGGAUGGUUGGGAGAAGUUGCUCUCGGAGGAUGUGUUGGUACCAUUCUUUAUUCAUGGCUGUGUUCUUAGGAAAAAUUGUGAGUGAGCCCACUCCCUUGGCUGAGAAGCAACCCCACACAUGAAUGGUCUCAGGAUGCUUUACUGUUGGCAUGACACAGGACUGAUGGUAGCGCUCACCUUGUCUUCUCCGGAUGCCCCAAACAAUCGGAAAGGGGAUUCAUCAGAGAAAAUUACUUUACCACAGUUCUCAGCAGUCCAAUCCCUGAACCUUUUGCAGAAUAUCAGUCUGUCCCUGAUGUUUUUCCUGGAGAGAAGUGGCUUCUUUGCUGCCCUUCUUGACACCAGGCCAUCCUCCAAAAGUCUUCGCCUCACUGUGUGUGUGCAGAAGCACUCACACCUGCCUGCUGCCAUUCCUGAGCAAGCUCUGCACUGGUGGUGCCCGAUCCCGCAGCUGAAUCAACUUUAGGAGACGGUCCUGGUGCUUGCUGGACUUUCUUGGGUGCCCUGACGCCUUCUUCACAACAAUUGAACCUCUCUCCUUGAAGUUCUUGAUGAUCCGAUAAAUGGUUGAUUUAGGUGCAAUCUUACUAGCAGCAAUAUCCUUGCCUGUGAAACCCUUUUUGUGCAAAGCAAUGAUGACGGCACGUGUUUCCUUGCAGGUAACCAUGGUUAACAGAGGAAGAACAAUGAUUUCAAGCACCACCCUCCUUUUAAAGCUUCCAGUCUGUUAUUCUAACUCAAUCAGCAUGACAGAGUGAUCUCCAGCCUUGUCCUCGUCAACACUCUCACCUGUGUUAACGAGAGAAUCAUUGACAUGAUGGCAGCUGGUCCUUUUGUGGAAAGGCUGAAAUGCAGUGGAAAUGUUUUUUUGGAUUAAGUUCAUUUUCAUGGCAAAGAGGGACUUUGCAAUUAAUUGCAAUUCAUCUGAUUCAACUUCUUCAUGACAUUCUGGAGUAUAUGCAAAUUGCCAUCAUCAAAACUGAGGCAGCAGACUUAAUUAGUAUUUGUGUCAUUCUCAAAACUUUUGACCACGACUGUAUACAUGCCCAUCUGAAGUUUGCCAUGAUUCAGAGGAGAACUGGGUGAAAGUGUUGUGGUCAGAUGAGACCAAAAUGGAGCUCUUUGGCAUCAACUCAACACGCCGUGUUUGGAGGAGGAGGAAUGCUGCCUAUGACCCCAAGAACACCAUACCCACCGUCAAACAUGGAGGUGGAAACAUUAUGCUUUGGGGGUGUUUUUCUGCUAAGGGGACAGGACAACUUCACUGCAUCAAAGGGACGAUGGACGGGGCCAUGUACCGUCAAAUCUUGGGUGAGAACCUCCUUCCCUCAGCCAGGGCAUUGAAAAUGGGUCCUGGAUGGGUAUUCCAGCAUGACAAUGACCCAAAACACACGGCCAAGGCAACAAAGGAGUGGCUCAAGAAGAACCACAUUAAGGUCCUGGAGUGGCCUAGCCAGUCUCCAGACCUUAAUCCCAUAGAAGAUCUGUGGAGGGAGCUGAAGGUUCGAGUUGCCAAAAGUCAGCCUCGAAACCUUAAUGACUUGGAGAAGAUCUGCAAAGAGGAGUGGGACAAAAUCCCUCCUGAGAUGUGUGCAAACCUGGUGGCCAACUACAAGAAACGUCUGACCUCUGUGAUUGCCAACAAGAGUUUUGCCACCAAGUACUAAGUCAUGUUUUGCAGAGGGGUCAAAUACUUAUUUCCCUCAUUUAAAAUGCAAAUCAAUUUAUAACAUUGCUGACAUGCGUCUCUCACUGUUCAAAUAAAAUUAUAGACUGAUAAUUUCUUUGUCAGUGGGCAAACGUACAAAAUCAGCAGGGGAUCAAAUACUUUUUUCCCCUCACUGUAUACUGUAUGUAUACACACACACACACACACACACACACACACACACACAGACAGACUUAUCACACAUGGAGCCAACACCACUUACUAAGUCUACACUCACGUACUAGACUGAGUUGGAGACCAACACAGUGACCAACACCUGGCUAAGCACCGCUGACUUGAUGUUUGUUACAGGCGUGGCGUCCAUGGCAUGUUCCCCCUCCACCUGGCAGCUCUCAGUGGCUUCUCUGACUGCUGCAGGAAACUGCUGUCCUCAGACUUCCACAUAGACACCCCUGACCACUUUGGAAGGACCUGUCUACAUGCUGCGGCCGCAGGAGGGUGAGACGAGAACUCUUUAAACUCUCCCUUGUUUGUUCUCUCUCUGUCCUGUGGCGGCAGGUAGCUUAGUGGUUAAGAGCGUUGUGCCAGUAACCGAAAGGUCACUGGUUCUAAUCCCCGAGCCGACUAGGUGAAAAAUCUGUCUGUGCCCUUGAGCAAGGCACUUAACCCUAAUUGCUCUGGAUAAGAGCGUCUGCUAAAUGAAUAAAAUGUAAAUGUAAAAAUGUCCUGUGCUCUUGGAUUUUUAAGUCAUUUCUGCAGUUAGCUGUUCUAUCCAAGGUUCUACUGUACAAGGAAACAUCUCUCUUUCUCUCUGGUCACCCUCUCUCUAUCAGGAACCUGGAGUGUUUGAAUCUGUUGUUGAAUACAGGAGCAGACUUCAACAAGAAGGACAGGUUUGGAAGGUCAGUGGUUCAGCUUCACAUUCAGUGUUUGUGUGCGUACAUGCCUGCAAAAAUACACAUUCUCUGUAAAGAAGAUGAAUGUUCUUCCCCUUCUCUCCAGGGGUGUAUUCAUUCUGCCGAUUCUGUUGCAAAACGUUUCUUAAACGGAAGCAAAUGGACUCCAUGCCUGUUGUGACAGUAACUCUCUUCUCUCCAGGACUCCUCUUCACUACGCCUGUUGUAACAGUAACUCUCAGUGUGUGUUUGCCCUGGUGGGGUCUGGCGCUGGAGUCAACGAGCUGGAUGAGAGGGGCUGUUCUCCUCUACACUACGCUGCUGCUGGCACAGAGGGAAAGUAAGUAAUAGUAACGUCUGUCUGUCUGUCUGACUGUCUCUGUCUGUCUGACUGACUGACUGACUGACUGACUGAUCCUCUGUGUGUGUGUCAGGUGUGUAGAGUACCUAUUGAGGAGCGAUGCCAACCCAGGGAUCAGAGACCGACAGGGCUACAACCCAGUCCACUACGCAUCGGCAUACGGACACACACUCUGCCUUGAACUGGUUAGUAUAUCCUGGUUGUACAUUACCUACCCGGUACACCAUUACAUACUGCCCACUACAGGUAGGGACUGGGUUUG